AUGCCACUUUCAGCCUUCCAAGACUACUGUUCAGAGAAAAACAAUGUUUUUCAUGAAGUCCGUUUUCUUGUAUUUAGUUGGUCUACAGCGGCGGCAGUUUUGUACCUCCCAAUACUCGAGGCCGUGUAUCAAUUACAAUUGCUGAUGCAAACCUUGCUUCGCGUUGGUCAUGCCGUUUUUGAAACGCAAACUAAACUGAGUGGUGGUCGAAGCCCUGUUUGGAAUCGCACAAUCCAUGCUUAUCUUCCCAAUGGAGUGGAGAGCAUUUACAUCCAAAUAUUUGAUGAGUUUUCCCUGCAGUGGAUGGCUCAGCUAAGUCAAUCAAGAACAGUCUCGGUUAGCUCACAUGGUCUAGAUGCAAAAAAAUCAGGCGCUUGGACAACAAUAGUGCUGCCACUGUACAAUCUUGAGAAAUGA